CACCCGCGCGCGGUAUGUGUGUGUAAAAGUCAUUAGUCAUAACAAAAGUUGGUAACGAAACGAGCAGAACAGCGCGGAGGAUUCUACAGUGGAUUGCAUCGCAGCAAGAGUGAUUAGAAAACAUAAGUGUUUACCGAACAAGUUACAAAACUCUUAUCACCACUCGCCAAAGGUGCUCCAUUUCCGUCUCAAACCGGGAGAAUACACUGUGAUCUGCAUUCGCGACCGGAAAAAGUAGCAAAACCGCGACGGAAAAAUGUUGAACGUUGUUACACGUCGAUUUUGAUAUUGAAAGUUGUUAAACUUUAAGACUCAAUCACAAAUACUCACCUUUCCACGCCUUCCGAAGCAACAUUAUACCACCGAACAUUGAAUGCUCGCAUACAUACUCGAACAGAGACACAUUUUCAUCACAUACAAAAGAAACUUCACAAAACACGAAUUGACUAAUUGUUAAGCUAAAACCAAAAGUACAACCUCACAUGCAAAUGGCUUGGCUCGGUAUUGGCGCUUUGGCUUCCGGUUUAGUGUUGCAGCGGUUGCUGGGUGGCGAUACCCCACCGAACAAGGUGCUGGAGGUGAAAAACGAGAACUACAUCAACUUGCAGGUGCUGCACCGGGAUGAUGCGAUGCGGCUGUACGCUCCGAGCAACGGCGGCAACGACAAGAAACCGAUGUACGAGAUCGUGCUGGAGCGGCCCCACUCGGAGACGGUCAAUACGUCGUACAGCCUCUACCGAAGUACGACACAAGCCGAAGCCGAGGAGAAAUUCGAAGCCUUCCACCAAAGACUACCGGAGCUGGUGAAAAUGAUUCGCGAGCUAUAUAAUAUCAACGGCCUCCAAAAGCUUUGCGACACCCUGAUCGAGCAUCCUUCCUGGUCGUUGGCCCACAUCAUCGCCCACUUCAAUCUCACCGAUUACAUUUCUAAUCCGAAAAUUAUCGAAUCGAUAGACGAUCCCGAUCAUGCCGAGCUGUUGACGCCUUUGCAGAUUGCCACCAAGGCCGGAAAUAUCGAGAUGGUAAAAGCGCUAAUACCUAUCAGCAAAAUCGAACACCUAGAUAACAAUAGCAACUCCGUGUUUCACUAUGCCGCUAGUACCACCAAAGAAAUGAUCAAUCUGCUAACAGCAAAAAGCACAGCCAAUUUGAAUCACUGCAAUGCAGACGGUUAUACGCCGUUGCAUUUGGCGUGCUUGUCGGACAAGCCGGAUUGUGUCAAGGCUCUACUGCUGGCAGGAGCCGAUACCAACAAAAUGGCCCGCUGUGCGAGCAAUGCCUACAACAAGUCGGCUAUAUCGAGCAAUGUCGCGGACUUUCUGGUGAGUAAUCCGAACAAGCUGUUCACCCAGGACAUGAAGCACGGUGGGACGCCGCUGCACUGGAGCUCCAGUCGAGAGGUGCUCAACUCGCUGAUCGAACGAGGCUGCGACGUCAACCUGGUCAACUUCAACGGCCAAACGCCACUGCAUGUUAUGGUCAGCCGCGACCGGCUCGAGUGUGUAGUGGCCCUUCUAGCCCACGAAGCGGAAAUCGACGUGGUGGACAACAGCGGAAACACCCCUCUCCACAUCGCCGUCGAAAAGAAGCUCAUUCCGAUCGUGCAGUGUCUGGUAGUGUUCGGCGCCGAUAUCAACAAACCGAACAAAGAGGGCAAAACACCUAGGCACAUGGUCGGUAAGGACGAUUCCGGUUCCAAAGAUGCCAUGAUUCUGUACAUUUUGCACUCGGUUGGGGCGAAGCGGUGUCUGGAGAACGGCAGCAGCAAGUGUCCUCCCGGAUGUUCGGCCAAGGGCAAGUACAACGGAAUUCCACCUGCGCAACCAGAAACGAGCGAGCAGCGAGAACACAUCCACCACGUGCUGGCCAGUUCCAGUCGAUCCCAGCGAAAUAGCAUUCCCAGUUUGAUAACCAACACUAUCAAAACGGUACGGGAGGAACGUGAGGCGUUGCGGGAGAUCAAGGAAGAGGUCAAAACGGUGGAUGUUUCUCAGGAGCGGAAAGGAGCCAGCAUGAUGGAUGCUCUGUUGUCCAUGUUUACCAACAAAGUGGAAGCAGCUUCCAAAGAUAGUGGUUCAGGAUCGUCCAAGGCUUCACCCACCGGGAAGAACUCGAUCGACCUAGGAGACGAACCGAUGUUGGAGGAACCCACCGUUCACGAAUCAUCUUGCCCUCCUCCAGAGUCAGGCGAAUGGCACGGACGUGGUCGCUUGCUGUGCCUCGACGGCGGAGGCAUCCGCGGUUUGGUACUGGCUCAAAUGCUGCUGGAAAUCGAAAACCUGUCACAAACUCCCAUAAAUCAUCUAUUCGAUUGGAUCGCCGGAACGAGUACCGGUGGAAUUUUGGCACUCGCUCUCGGCUGCGGUAAGACCAUGAAACAGUGCAUGUGCCUGUACCUUCGCAUGAAAGAUCAGGCUUUCGUCGGUUCUCGCCCGUACCCCAGCGAUCUCCUUGAAACGGUUCUCAAAGAGCAGCUCGGAGAAUUCACCGUAAUGUCCGACAUCAAACAUCCGAAGCUCAUGGUGACGGGAGUGAUGGCCGAUCGAAAACCGGUCGACCUGCAUCUGUUCCGGAACUACAAAUGCGCCAGCGAUAUUCUGGGAAUUGCUACGCCUUCGAACAGUCGGAGACAGCCACCGCCUCCACCGGAAGACCAGCUGGUGUGGCGCGCAGGACGCGCCACGGGAGCAGCCCCUUCUUAUUUCAGAGCUUUUGGACGGUUUCUGGACGGUGGUCUGAUAGCGAACAAUCCCACCCUGGAUGCGAUGACCGAGAUUCACGAGUACAACAUGGCGCUGAGAAGUAUUGGACGCGAAGCGGAAGCGACGCCCAUUUCGAUUGUGGUGUCUCUUGGGACAGGACUGAUUCCGGUUACAGAGCUGAAGGAAAUUGAUGUUUUCCGGCCGGAUAGCAUAUGGGACACCGCAAAGCUGGCCUAUGGUAUCUCCGCUAUUGGAAACCUUCUGGUCGACCAGGCCACAGCUUCCGACGGCCGUGUGGUAGACCGUGCCCGAGCCUGGUGCAGUAUGAUCGGAGUGCCGUACUACCGCUUCAAUCCACAGAUGUCCGUCGACAUCGCCAUGGACGAAAAGAUCGACGAACCGUUGAUCAACAUGCUCUGGGAGGUCAAGGCGUACAUGUACGCCAACCGGCGGAAGGUCAUCGAAAUGAUCAACCAUCUCAAGUGAGGCUACCGGUCUCAGUAGGCGACCGGCGGUGACCAGAGUAGAACUGGGUAGGUAGACACUUCUUAGUUUCGUGUUUUUGUCUUAAGCUCAUUCCUCCUAUAACCAUUGGAUGAGAAACAAAUAAUGGAGCAAACCACACCACUCUCAGCGACGACAAUACAAUACAUACCGAACAUACCAGUAGCAUGCGUACUGCGGAUUUGUAGCGAACCGAAGUCAGAAGUAAAGUGUAACGCAGCAAACGACAACAGGAAUCAUAUUUUUACAGUUUACAAGAAUCGUAGAGCAAGCCGUUGUAGAGUUACUCGUAACAGUGGAACAGUUCGACGUUUUUCUCUUAGACAACAGAAAAUUCCGAUUAGUUUAUAAAGGCAGUACAACGAUAGAUUACAUUUACAGAGAAACAGAACAAAACCCAACGGCUUCACCCAUUUACACCGUAUGAAACGAAAACUUGGCGAUCGAUUAGAAAACAAAUGUAGACAAUUCGCGUGAAAUCUAACGCAACGUUUGUGCUAGUGUAAUGUGUUGGAAAAUGUCUAAUAGAAAUACAAUACACUGUGGGAUUACACUGCAAUGAAGUAAAUUGUUACUAAAAUACAAAAAAUGAUAAAAUAAUUAUACAACAAAUAGUUAUGUACCAUAUCGUAUAUGGUGGAUGAAAAUUUCACAAUAGAAUAUGAAGGUUGUUAAAAUGCAUUGUUUUUCUAUGAUUGAGAUUUUCCAGAUCGUAAUCAAAUUACUAUACUACUACCAUAUACUUUAUCGUUGAUAAUGGAAUGUAACAGAACUAAUGUUCUGUGAUUCCCACAUGAUUGAAUUGUGUUGUAUUUCUAUGGACAUUUCUUCCAAUUGCGGCUCGUCGGGAGUGAUUCACUGUUUUUUGUCCGUUUUGCUUCGUGAUCUUCCGCGUGAAGUUUAUUGUUAGUAGAUGUGUCUUUGACUCAAAGCAUAACGUAUAUGUAUUAGGAUACGUGAAUAAAUUGGAUCGGCAACUGGCAAAAACCUUACGAUGCUUCCCAUUCUAUCUAGGGAGUUUCUCACUUGGCGUAGUGUCAUGGCCCGUUACUUCAUCAGUUAUCAAUAACAUUUCAAAUUUUAACGUAAUUAUGGUGACCGAAUUUUACUUUUACAAAAACAUUAGUAACCGUUUCAGACCGCCAAGUAGGAUAUACUCUCCUAUACAGCUGAACAAGUGAAUGUGUGAUUUUUACUGUGUAUUUUACUGAAGGACGCUUCUCCAGUGACUGGUGACAGAAAUGUCCCAAAAGUGUCCGUUCCUUUAUGAAACUCAAACCACCAAAACCACAAAAACUAGUUCUUACAACACGUGUCUGCUGUUGCUGACGGGUUCCUUAUUUUUUCUUACCUUUUUCGUCUCUCUCUCUCUCUUGCAAAAUAAUAAGGCAUAUUGUUUUGGCCCGUCAUUUCAUUAAAUUAUUUUUAAAUUUUGAAGAGUUCGAUUCGCAUAGCGAUGUAAUAAAAAUUUUAUUUUAUGAACGUGCACGUAAUGUUUAAAUUGCUUGAAAUAUGGUACGCCUCAAAGGUAAAAUUAGUUAUUCACAUAGCAAUGGUUUGUGGUCAAACACAUUCGCACUUGUUGUGUAAGGAAAAAUAAGUUAUAUAUUUAUUCAAAACACGAGUAUCAUUAACCUUCUUAUCGUAUAUUCCUAUUAACGCAGAUGCAACUUCAAAGAUUUCAAGCUUUUUAUACCUGCAUAUAUCCCCAUUCGGAAUCCUUUUGUUCCUUAUAAAAUCCGCAUAUUGUUUUGCAGUAAUAUUCCACUUGAAAGGAUUUGUACAAUUGAGGAAAUAAUACAUAUGAAAUCAAUAGUAAGAAGACAAGAUGUUACAAAUAAACUGUUUUUGGGGAAAAUGUAUCAAACUUA